GCUUCAACUGGACGAGUAUAUCCUCCGUAUACAUCUCUCUCUCCUCCAAUCAUAACCAUUUUAGGCAUUUUCUACAUAUAUCUUUCUCUCUCUAGGUUCAUACAUGAGCCAUGGAUGCUCGAGGGAACCAGAAAUCUGCUCGAAGAGACUCCAAAUCCAGAUCCAUGGCGGCGGCGGCGGCGGUGAGACAACCCUUCGCCGACCUCUCCAACUUCAAUCUCACGCCAAUCGAGACUCUUCGCAAGCUCUGCUGCCCCACCGCGACUAUCACCACCACCACUACCUCCGGCGCCUCCUCCGCCGGGACCUCCUACUCCAACAUCGACUCCGCCGCUCUGAAACCCCCAUCUCUUGUUUCCCAAUCGGAUUCCAAAUCCUCGAAACCCUACCUUGAGAAUUCAACUGAUGCUAAAUCCGAUACCAGUGUUGGAUCCUCCUCUUUCGUCCGACUUCAGGAAACCAGAAAGUUUGGCUUCCCUCCACUCUCCCGUUCUUCACUUAACACUUCAGCUUCUGCAGAUGGUAAAUUUGGAGUUAAUGGUCAAAGAAAGACCCCUACAAAAUCUAAUCGGGAAAAACAAGCUACAGUUCUUCCAUGUUCUACUCUUCGUGAAAGUAAAAGGGGGAAAGCACAGGCAGUUUCUGAUCUCGAUAUUUGCUUUCCUUUUGGAAGUAAUAAGGAGAACGAAGAGCUUAUUGGAACAGGUAACAGGGAUAAAGGGAAAGAAAUAGUUGAGAAUGAUGAUUUUCUGUCUGCCAAGAAUAAGCAAGAUAGGGGGAAGGAAGCGAUUGAGGGUGUAAGUUCCCCACCUCCUAAGAACAACAAGAAUAGAGUUACUGAGAAUACAAAUAACGAGAAGGAUAAUUUGCAUCAUGUUAGCCUACUGUCAACUGCGCCAAAGAAAAAUAGGGGUAUGGAAACUUUUGGUUCUCUCAGUUCCCCUCCUUCCAAGGUUAAGAGGGGAGGAAAGCCAACUGUGGACGAUGGCAGUAUACUUGAUGAAAUAAUGGCUGAAAAAGUAUCUGGUCUGCCGUUGAAAAGGUCACCUCCAAGAAAGACUAGGGGAAGAAAAAAGUCACACAGAUUUGUUUUUAGUUGUCCUCCUUUGCCAAGAACAAAGAAUACAAGUGUUUCUGAGGCUGGGGAUGCUGAGUCAUUCGGAUCGAUGACUGAUCCCAAUAAAAAGUGUGCCAAGAAGAGGCGAUCAGAGGAGCAGCCUUUUACAGAAUUUGUGUUGCCAAAAGACUUUGUGGAGAAGCAGAGGGCUUAUUUUAAAGAGAUCGAUGAUUUCGAGCUGGAAGUGGAAGAAGCAUCGGAGUGAUAUUUUACCAUAAGAAGAGCAUGUAGUACACACAAAGUCUGUAGGUGGUAUAAUCUAACAGGUAUGACCGACCUUUCCUGUAUAGUACAGUGGCUAUAGAAGUCGGAAGGUGAUUGGGUAGAAAAUUACUAUCAAAGACGAGAUGGCAGGGGUGUUCUUGUGUAUAGGGUUGUUACUGCGUUUUAUGACCUCAAAAAUGGAAAUCAGUCCGACUUCCCACUGCCGUGGCUUUUUGUGCACAAGAAAAGUGGCAAUGUGCGUCUUUGUUUACUGUGGAUUGAUUAAUAAUUAGUUCUUCGCUCUGGCUAUUUACUAAAAAAAAUUCCCAUUUUCUAGGAGUCGUUAUUGGUAAAGACUUGAGAGGUUAGGACAUGAAAUUGGCCUAAACUUAAAUUUCCACUUCUGUUAAUUACCAGCCUAAAGAAAAUAUACUGCCCCUGGUUUCUGUAGUAGGAACGGCUAGGCAAAAGACCACGUCAACCGAUGUAGCCUUGGGGCUAUCAAAUUGACAUUGUCUUUUUCUCAUCCAUUUGCGCAGGGCAAGAAGUUUUUAACGUAAUCUAAGGAAUGGACAGACAUAGGGCAAAACGUCUAGAUGUAACUCAGGUUACACAAAUUUGAGAUGUGGUUACGUACUUCAUUAGUUCCCGUACAAAUCCAUAAUGAUCAUUUCAAUGUUCUGCCACAUUUGAUCAUUUUACGACGACAACUUAAUCUAUAUAUCUAUGUGGCGUAAUGAGUAAUGGCGCGUCAAAUGUAUCUUACAACGGUAAAAUAUGCGAGAAUAUAUCGAGUUGGGAGUC